UUUCUCAAAUUUGAAUAUAAAUUUCUAUUUUAUUUGUUAUUUUCUUCAAAAAAUGGGAAUUUCUGUUGAAAAGCCUGAAAUUUUGGUUAAUCCUUUUUCUCAAAUGGAGACUGCGCUUGAACAUAAAUUGCGUAAUCUUAAAAAGCGGGAGUUGCGUCUUCAACAACUUAAAACCGACAAAGAAUCUGGUGCUUUAAAAUUGGAUUCCAAACAGAUUGAGGCUCUUUCUAAAUUGGACGAAGUUAAAUUGCAAAUUGCUUCUAUUGAGGAUUUACAAAAAGUUAAUGCUAAACAAAUGAAGGACUUUAAAAAAGCUCUGAAGACUUAUGAACGUCAAAUCAUCAAGACUUUAAAAGAUGCACGUUCACAAAAUAGUACACCUUCGGAACUGACAGAAUCUGUCCAAUCGCAAACUCCAGAUGAUUUGUUGGGUAAAAAGGAGGAAGUUGAAGGGGAGAAGGAAACUGUUGCUGUUGUGACUAUUUUGAAGAAGGAAGUUGUUAAAGAAGAGGUUUUGGUUUAAAUUUUGAAGGUUUGGAAAGAAUUUUUGUUGAAAAAAAUUUAAGGACAUUUUGGUUAUUUUAGAUAAUAUUCUUUUGUUGUUUUUCAUUUUAUUGU